AACAAAUUCCAUUUUACGUGCUGAACACAACAACAACAACCACAAACAAAAGAAAAUUAUUCGUGGCUAUUCGUAAUCCGGAAUUGAUUAAAAGAUAUGAACAACAAUCUCGUCAUUUAUUUACAAAAGCACAUUAUGAAGAACUUAAAUUACAUGAUCAAUUACCACGUGCACAUCGUCAUUUAAAUUCUCAUCAAACACAAUCUCAAGCACGUUUAUGA